GGAAGUGGCGCGCACAUGCUUGAUAGGAUGUAGAGCAGAAGAAGAGCUGUGACCUCUGGAGCCAGUGGAGGCUUCCUGUGAUCCUGAAACAGAAUGUCUCAGAGGAGAUAACCACCCCAGUGAAUUCCAACACCUGUCAAAAUGCCGUUUUCGGACUUCCUGGCGGCCCUGAAGGACAACCCUUACUUUGGGGCAGGAUUCGGUCUGGUUGGUGUGGGCACAGCCUUGGCAUUGGCCCGUAAGAGUGCCCAGCUAGGAAUGGUGGCCUUCAGAAGACAUUACAUGAUUACGCUGGAGGUCCCCAGUAAAGACAAGAGCUACCAAUGGCUGCUCAGCUGGAUCUCCCAUCACGCCAAACGUACUCAGCAUCUGAGCGUAGAGACGUCGUAUCUGCAGCACGAGAGCGGCCGGAUCAGCACGAAGUUUGACUUUGUGCCCAGUCCUGGAAAUCACUUUAUUUGGUAUCGAAACAAGUGGAUUCGAAUAGAGAGAAAUCGUGAGAAACAGAUGAUUGACCUACACACUGGAACCCCCUGGGAGUCUGUCACUUUCACUGCAGUUGGGACCAAUCGUGACAUUUUCUUCAACAUUUUGCAAGAAGCUCGAGAACUUGCUCUGCGUCAGCAAGAGGGGAAGACGAUCAUGUACACUGCUCUGGGUGCUGAAUGGCGACCAUUUGGUUUUCCAAGACGCAGACGACCCCUGACCUCUGUGGUGCUAGAAGAAGGGAUUUCAGAUAAGAUUGUUCAGGAUGUGAAAGGAUUUAUCGACAAUCCCAAGUGGUACAGUGACCGAGGAAUCCCGUAUAGAAGAGGAUACCUGCUCUAUGGGCCGCCUGAUGUGGGAAGAGUAGCUUCAUUACAGCCUGGCCGGAGAGCUGAGUACAGCAUCUGUCUAAUGAGCCUGAGUGACAACAGCCUCUCCGACGACCGGCUCAACCACCUCCUGAGCGUCGCUCCGCAGCAGAGCAUCACUCUAGAGGACGUGGAUGCUGCUUUUGUGAGUCGAGACCUGGCCAAAGAGAAUCCCACCGCAUAUCAAGGAUUUGGCCGCUUAACCUUCAGCGGUCUGUUAAACGCUCUGGACGGCGUGGCAUCCACUGAAGCGCGCAUUGUGUUCAUGACAACCAAUCACAUUGACAGGUUGGACCCCGCGUUGAUCCGUCCAGGCCGCGUUGAAGUCAAGCAGUUCAUAGGACACUGCUCCCGGGGGCAGCUCGCCCAGAUGUUUCAGAGGUUUUACCGGACCAGCCCGGUUCUGCAGCAGAGGAAGUUUGCGGACGUGGCCCUCGAUGCCUUUGAGAAGAUCAGUGCAGCCCCAGUUCAGGGUCAUUUUAUGAUGCACAAAAACGACCAGGCAGCCAUUAAGAACAUUCACUCUCUGGCUGCAUAACAAACCCAUAGAGCGAUAUUUUAAAAGGGGCCGUCCAGUUUUACGUAAAUAGACAUAAUAUCAUAUGAGUCCUCGCCGCACUCUAAGCUACUUGAUCUGCAAAGAUGGAUCCGCAUCCGAU